AUGACUUUCAAGGAGCCUUGUGUCGCUUUGCCUGAUCUUUACGAGGCUUCAAUCGUGGAACUUCAAGAUGGUCUAGUCAAAGGACACUUCACUAGUGUUCAACUUGUCAAGGCCUACUUGGACAGAAUCGAGGAAGUCAAUUUCAAGGGUCCUAAAUUACGUGCAGUCAUCGAGACCAAUCCAAUAGCCAUAUCACAAGCUGCAGCCCUGGACGAUGAACGGAAAGACAAAGGCAGCCGCGGGCCAUUGCACGGAAUACCGUUAUUGCUGAAAGAUAACAUUGCUACGCUGCACGAAGAAGCUUUUGAGGGUAUCCUAGGUUCCUACGCACUGCUAGGUUCUGUUGUUCCUCGAGAUGCAUUUGCUGCCGCAAAAUUAUGUGAAGCUGGGGCUAUAUUCAUAGGAAAAGCGAAUCUUUCUGAGUGGUCCGGUAUGAGGGGCGAGUGGGGUCGUUUAAAGGGACUGGUUCUCAAUGGCUUGUCGGAGCGUGGAGGACAAACUCUUUGCCCAUACUACCCGAAUGCACAUCCAUCCUCUUCGAGCUCCGGAAGUGGCGUUGCAAUGACCAUUGGCCUAGCAGCCGGGUCGCUUGGCUCAGACACUCAUGGCUCUAUUGUCUUUCCAAGUAGCAGGAACAAUGUUGUGGGAAUCAGGCCCACUGUCGGGCUGGUAUCUCGCUCAUGCGUAAUACCUAUCUCAUCUCAUCAAGAUACUGUUGGCCCGAUGUGUCGCUCUGUCGCUGACGCUGCCCUGUUGUUAAAGUUCAUAGCUGGGCCUGAUCCUCGAGAUGAAGUUACUUUACAUCAGCCCGGACUAGUCCCAGACUACAUGAAAGCGCUCGACAAAAACGCCCUCAAAGGCGCUCGUCUUGGAGUGCCUCGUUCCCUCAUCCGCAAUACCAAGGUCAUCGAGGAGACUUUCAACUCAUCCCUUGACGUUUUCCGAGCUUUGGGCGCGGAAAUCGUUGAUCCUGCAGAUUUCCCGAAUACAGAAGAACUACUGACAUCGAAGGCGGAGAAGCGGGUACUGGACGUGGACUUUAAAGUUGAUCUUAACAAGUACCUAUCGGAACUUGUUGACGUUCCGACAGGCGUCAGGACUCUCGCUGCUUUGAUAGAAUUCAGCGAGAAACGCGCGGACCUGGAUCUUCCACCACCAUUCUACAAAGAUCAAUCGCAAUUUAAGCAAUCGGAAGCCUCGCAAGUUGAUGGCGCCUACUUUUCAGCACUAGCUGAAGAUUUUAACUUGGGACGCACGAGGGGAAUUGAUGCCACUCUAGCCCAGUUCAAUCUCGAUGCCAUAAUUCUACCAACCGAACAUGCACCGGGACCUGCAGCGAUCGCAGGGUAUCCAUUGAUUUCAGGCUACACUAUCUCAACGUUACUCAAUGUCAUCCGAUAUCUAGUGCCCCUCGGCUUCCAGCCAGAUGACGUUGAGUUACUGCCCGCGACACCAACCUCAGUUUAUACGCAAGCCCCAGGACUUCCUUUUGGAAUUGCUUUUAUGGGGACUGCGUAUAGCGAGUUCAAGCUCAUCGGUUAUGCAUAUGCGUUUGAGCAGGGUACCCAUGUGAGACUUCAGAGAAGAGCAUAUAACGAUGCGAUUCCUAGAACCCAAUUAAAGGACGUCAUGACCAUGCGGCUGUAA